AUGGGCGCAACAACUACUGUGAAACCCACCCCUCCUUCACACUACAAGGACUGGCCAAAUACUUGGGGCUUUGAUACUCAUUACGAGGAGAGAACCCCAGUCGAGUUACGAAUUGAAGGUACCAUUCCAGCGUACGCCGCUGGCACCCUGUUCCGAACGGGUCUAGGACCGAGGACCUUUUCGACAUCAAAAGAUAAUGAGUUCUGUGUCAAUCAUUGGUUCGACAACUUCUCACAAGUUCAUCGCUUCCAAAUCCAUGCCCCCCAAUCUGGUUCACCAGUUCGAGUCACUUACAAUUCACGCUUAACCAGUGAUGGACUGAUUGAGAAGAUUAAAAAGACCGGAAAACUCGAUGGCUUUACAUUCGCUGCCAAGUAUGAUCCGUGCAAAUCUUUCUUCCAGAAAAUCCAAUCCGUUUUCCAACCAGCACCGCGCCCAGCACCGAACGAGGUCAAUGUUGGAGUGACAAUGUCUGUAAACUUUCCGGGUCUAUCCAGCACUGGAGAGAAACUGGGUAAUCACGAUCAAGGAAUGACUUUGUGCACCAAGACUGACGCCAAUGUCUUCCAAAUGCUUGACCCGGAAACGCUCGAGCCUGUUGGCGUCGCCUCGCAAAGCACGCUCCAUCCUGAUCUCAAGGGGGCCGGCAGUGGUGCUCAUGCCAAAUCGGAUCCAAUGACCGGCGACGUUUUCAACUACAAUCUUGAUUUUGGCCGGGCUGGCACAUAUAGAGUCUUUCGGGCUUCUGCAUCCACCGGGAAGACCUCUAUCUUGGCGAAAUUCCAUCACUCGGCCGCGUAUCUACAUUCGCUUUUCCUCACCGAGAAUUAUGUGGUGCUGUGUGUUUGGAAUUCCUUCUACAAAGCUGGAGGUGCCUCGAUCCUGUGGAAUCGGAAUCUCCUGGACGCUAUGAUGUGGGAUGACAAACAACCAACGACGUGGUUUGUGGUUGACAAACGUCCAGCAGAAGAAGGUGGCAGAGGACUGAUCGCCAAAUAUACAUCCGAUGCCUUCUACUCCUUCCAUACAAUCAACGCCUAUGAGGAACCGUCGAGCACCAAUGAAGGCUCUGUGGAUAUCGUGGCUGAUUUAGCCGCCUACGAGAAUAUGGAUGUCCUGGACCACUUCUAUCUGGACAAUCUGAUCAGCAAUUUACCUAAAGCACAUGCAUAUGCGGAAGCUUUGACUCCGAGCGCACGCCCGGAUUAUCGGCGAUACCGCCUGCCAUGUAUACCCUCGAUUGCGAAGUCGGACGCUUUCAAGGCUGUCUUGGAGCACACCAGCAGCAAAGCAGAUGCAUUUGAGCUUCCGAUCAUCAACCCCAAAGUGGUCACAAAGAAGCACCGGUAUAUGUACGGCAUUAGCGACACGGGAAAGUCUUCCUUUGUGGACGGACUGGUCAAGUAUGACGCGGAAACUCAUUCGACGUUGCGUUGGAGCCAGCAUGGUCAGACGGCGGGCGAGCCGAUUUUUGUGGCAGAUCCUCAGUCUGACGACGAAGAUGGUGGCGUUCUUCUGUCCGUCGUACUCGAUGGUCCAGGCGGCAAAAGUUUUCUUCUGAUUCUGGAUGCGAAGACGAUGGAGGAGGUUGGACGGGCACAUGUUGACGGUGUCAUCGGCUUUGGGUUCCACGGGCUUCACGUGAAGUCUCAAGAGCCUGUUGGACGACUCAAUGGUCUUCAUUUAUGA